AUGGAAGACGGCGGGAAUUCUGACCGCGACACAACCCCGGAACCCGCAUCGGCGGUGGUGCCGGGGAAGAAGCUCGGCAAGCGGGGUCUCAUCGAACGCACCGAGUUUGUGCGGGUCAUUAUCCAGUGCCUCUAUUCGCUCGGCUACAGGAAGUCCGCGGCCGCCCUCGAGUCGGAGUCCGGCGUCCCCCUCGACUCGCCGCUUUUCUCCUCCCUUCUUCCCCUGGUCAUAGCCGGGCAGUGGGAGGACUGCGUCGAUAUCAUCGGUAGGCUUGAGGACUUGCCGGAAGAGACCCGGGCCACGGCCGCGUUCCUCGUCUGGAGCGAGAGCUUCAUGGAGCUGUUGAAUUCCACCGGUGGUGAGGAUGGAACGCUGUCGUCUGCUCUAAAUGUGCUCAGGCAGCGGAUAUCGCCGCUGGGUGUGGACCGACGAAGGGUGCACAAGCUCGCGCGAUGUCUCGUCUCCUUGGACGGGGUGGUCUCUGAGAACUUGGUCCGCCGGAGGGUGGGCCUCCUGGUGGAGUUGUCAGAGCUUCUUCCUCCCUGGAUUCGAUUACCCGGGCAAAGAUUAGAGCACCUGGUGGAAAUGGCCCUUCUCGAGCAGAGAGCAUCUUGUAUCUAUCACAACUCAACUGAACCGAUCUCCUUAUACGAGGAUCACAAGUGUGACCCCGAUCAGAUCCCUUCUCGAACAGUGCAGGUGCAUGCUCCUUCACCUUUUCCCAUUAAACUAGUGUGUCGUUAAUCUUUUCCCUAGGAAAGGCCUUCCACCAUGAAUCUACUUUUGCUUGAGAGGUGGCAAAUCGUCAACAAGAGCUAUGUUUCACCACUUGGUGGAUUGGAUCUGUGAAAUUUUUCUACCAGAAAGUACUGCACCAACGAAAAUAAGAUGGAGUAUUCUCAGCUGCUUGGUCCUGAUCUAUGCUGAUACUAUCGAUCUCGCUGCCAAGACCUAACUUAAUGGGAACCCUUUUUCAGCUGGUCCAAAAGUAUGAAAACCAUAGCAAAUUAUCUGCUUUUUUGACAAUUAGAGACUCUUGUUCGAAUGAAAAUCAGUUAGAACUGACAUUCUGAUCCCUGUUUCGAGUGGGGUAUGUGAGUGAUGGCAUUCUCCCCAUUUCCCUCAAAUGGGUAGCUGUGCAAUGGAAGACCGUUGUCAAUGCCGGCAAUUCUUGGCUGAUGGUUUCUAGGUCUGUUGUUAAAUGUAUUCGAAACCAGUGGGAGAGGUAGAAAAUCUGAGUAUAUAGUUCAUGCAUUUGAUCUUUUUCUGAUGUCCGGGAAAUUCUCGCACAGAUCACUUCAUAGCUUUAGGAUUUCGCAGCACUGCCAUUUUUCACUGUGGUUCUUUGAUCUUGAGGUGGCUAUGUUUGGUGGGUAUAGUGAGAUCAUCAAUGUUGGCAUCUUAUUACGAAAGCAACAACUUAUGGAGGAAUGUAAAAUGGACACUUCUAUAUCUGCAGAUUAUAGUUUUUGAAGAAAGUUUGAGAUCGAAUAAACCGAAACUAGGAUUAUAAUCAGAUGAUCACCUGCGAAAAACUGCUUAAAGCUCCUGGGCUCUGGCCAUUUUAUUCAUUUUCCGUAUAUACACAGGGCUGGGUCAUUACUUAAGACGCUUUUCUGAUUAUUGGGCAAGAACGAAUAAAGAAGUGGAUGAAGUAAGCAUCUAGGUAGAGCAGUAGCAUGAGAAGUGCGCUCUGUUUUGAUGAAAAAAAAAGGGUUCUAAAGCCUGGUGCUCAAAACAUUUAGCUGUCAAUGAUAUGGGCGGGUUCUAAAGUCACGUGGUUGAUUUAUUUUAAAGAAAUGCUAUUUUUUAGAUGCUUGUGAGCGCAGACUUGGAUCUUCGAUUUCAACUUGAGAGUGAUUUGUGACCUCAAGUUUUCUGAUGGUUCUUUAACAGAGUCCUAGGUUGACCAAAAGGACAACUAGAAAAGUCAAUUGCACUGAAAAUUGCAAAGGAUGCAAUAAGCCAAAAAUCCAUCAAAUUUAUGUUGUGAUGGAUAAAUCCAUCUGGGUUCUGCUACAUGGCACUCGCAGUCUCAUUGGUGCAGCUUCUUGCUUAGGAAUUAGCCCAAAAAGUUGAGUAAAGCAAGCACACUGUUGAAAGCAUCUCAAAAAGAGCUGGUUGGUAUCAUCAGAGCGAAGGAUUUGAUGCGAUCUGAACUUCCAUGUGACGGAAACAUAUGCUAUCUUCUGGAUUACUAUACAUGAAAGAGCAAGAACCAUGCGGAUUUCAAUCUUUUCAUGAAACUGUAGUUGACUUGGCCAUUUGAUUCACACGGUGGUUUUUUUUCACUGAAGGAUUUGGUUAAUGUGGAAAGACCUGCCUUAGUUUGUAAAAGAAUCCGAAUGCAGAAUCUUCGUUAAAUUUAUUAUUUCCCUCUGAGCAUAAGAAAGAUAAUUAUUAAACCUUUUUUUCUGGAUGAAUGUAUGCAUAAUUCUGCCCACCUAUGAUUAUUAUAUUUUGUUGACUGUUCAUUUCUGUGCAUCCAUCCCUCAGUGGCCUUUUUUUUUUUUUCCCUUUCCCACGAGGAAUAGAGUAUACUAGGUAUGAAACAUGACAGAAAUUUUCAUCUUUUUUUUUUUUUUUUGUAACGCUCUUUUCAUCUCCAUGCUCUUGCUUAUGCGCAAUGUGGCUUGUACUGUAGAGGUUUCAUAUAUUCUAAGUUCAGUUGUCCACUUCACAGAUUCUAAACGACCAUAAAAAUGAAGUAUGGUUCGUCCAGUUUUCAAACAAUGGGGAGUUCCUCGCAUCUUCUUCCAAGGAUUGCACUGCAAUAAUAUGGACGGUAUGGUGCACUUUAUGUCACAUUUAUCUAUAUAUAUAUAUAUAUAUCAUGGAUGGAUUUUUCAUUUUCUGUUAUUUCCUGGCCAGAUUUUAAUCUAGAUUAUAAUUAUUUUAGAACAGUGAUUUAUUUAUGAGAGGGAAAAUGAAAUUAUUUACUGGAAAGCUCCACUUUCUUAGAUCAGCCCGACGAAUCGAUCCUGCUUCAGGAAUCGCAUUUCGGUUCUGAUAUCUUCGUUUUCAUGGUGAUUUCGCAGGUCGGAGAGGACGACAUGGUCUCCCUGAAGCACGUGCUGGACGGGCACUGCCAGCCCGUCUCCUUCGUCGCAUGGAGCCCCGACGACACGUUGCUGAUCACCUGCGGCAAGGGGGAGGUCCUCAGGCUGUGGGACGUGGAGACCGGCGCGUGCCGGUGCGCCCUGAACGACUCCUCGGCAUGCGUCAUCAGCUCCUGCGCCUGGUUCCCCGACUCCAAGAAGGUGGUCUGCGGCAGCAGCGAGCCGGAGAACUGCAUCUACACGUGCGAUCUCCAGGGAAGGGAGCUGAAGGUGUGGAAGGGGGAGAGGCUGCCGAAAGUCUCCAGCCUCGCCGUCACCCCCGACGGCCGCCACCUGGUCAGUGUCGUCUCCGAUGACCUUAUCCGGAUCUACGACUUGGAGGAGGGAACCGAGUUGGCGAUCCCGGAGGAGCACACCAUUACCUCGCUCUCUCUCUCUGUUGACGGGCAGUUCAUGAUAGUCAACCUUAACAACGAGAUCCACCUCUGGAAGGUGGACGGCAGUUUGGCAGCGCCGUCCAAGUACAGGGGCCACAAGCAGGUGAAGUACGUCAUCCGGUCGUGCUUCGGGGGCCCGGCUUCUUCCUUUAUCGCCAGCGGGAGCGAAGAUUCCCAGGUGAGAUCUUCCGCCGCCGUCCUGGGUCGGCGCGUUGACUUUUGGCCCCCACCCCCCCUUUUAAUAGAAUAGUGUCUGCAGGUUUACAUCUGGCACAGGGAGCGUUGCGUGGUGAUCAAGGUGCUGCCGGGCCACGCGACGACAGUGAACUGCGUGAGCUGGAACCCGGCCCGGCCUCGCAUGCUGGCGUCGGCGAGCGAUGACCACACCAUCAGGAUCUGGGUGGCGGGGUCAACGAGGCCGUGA